AAGCGCACUAACUUGCAUCGAUGCUGAAUGUAUAUGUGUCAUUGGUAAACAUGGACGCUGAAGGAAAUCAUCUUCUGAGUAAAAUACCAUAAUGUACUUGACUAUAUCACUGUCAAUCGUAUUAUUACACACUUGUAUAAAGGAUACAACUGGAGUAUGUGACGCUGGUUGGUUCGGCUCCAGCUGUCAGUUUAAAUGUCGCUGUGUCAACAACCAGUGUGAUGUUGACGGAAAGUGUACAGGAGGGUCUACAUGUGUUAGGGGCUGGUUUGGUCAUCUAUGUCAAUACGGUGAUCUCGCUACUGUACAAACAGGAACCACAGUGUCAAACAACACAUUAACAGAUGGCGAUGACAAGACGUGUGCAAGUGUUAAGACAUUUACUGUGUCGUGGGAGAUAGCUUAUUAUGUCUCGUGGCUUAGAAUUGUUUUCGAUAAACCUGAAUCACUAGAAAAUGUCCAAGUUUCGUUUGUCAAAGAGACCGGAGAAAGCAUCCCAUGUAAUAGGAUGGAAGUGGUUAAAUUCUCUCUUAAGGCCACUGAAAUCUUAUGCCAAUCAAACGUGUUGGUAAAGGAAGUUUUCAUAGACUUGAAAUCAGAAAAAAUGGUUUGCUCUGUUCACAUCAACGGUGGUCGUAACGUAGCCAUAAAACAAUCAACCUGGCAAUCAACAACGGAAACCUACCACGGUGUAUCAUAUGAUCCAACCAGAGCUGUAGAUGGCAAUACAAGUAGAAAGUUUUUCACUCACAAAUCAUGUUCACACACUUUGUCGGGUUCGCCAGGCGUAUGGAAAGUCACAUUUAGUCAGCCAUGGUACUUGAACAGAUAUGUAAUCCAUAACAGAGAGGAUAACAGGGAACGGAUUAAAGGAUUUGUAUUAAAAAGCAACAGCUCAACUGAUCGGGAAGAAUUCAGUUACACUGAUCAAAACCCCGCCAAUGACGUCGCUAUAUACACCAUCACAACCAGACCUUCAGCCACUCCUAUUUCAUAUGUGACCAUUUCUGCUAGGGGCAUAUUAACGCUAUGUGAGGUGGAGACCUUCAGCGAUCAUUACUGCACACCUAAAUCAUAUGGGCCCGAAUGUUCCAUCCCUUGCAACUGUAACGAUAGAACUGAGAAAUGUUUUCCCACAACAGGCGGAUGUCUGUCGGGUUGUCCUGUAGGCUUUGAAGGUUACGGCUGCUCUGAAGCAUGCAGUGACUCACACUACGGCGCAGGAUGUGCGGAAACGUGCAAUCGCAGGUGUUUAAACCAACAAUGUAACAAUAUCGAUGGUUCAUGUCUGGGCUGCUCAGCUGGGUACCUAGGGGUGUUUUGUGAGCGCGCCUGCGACACAACAUACUAUGGUAUAAACUGUGCACAAAGAUGCAGCACCAGCUGUAAAAAUCAACAGUGUAGCAAUGUUGAUGGAACCUGCAAUAGCUGUAUUAUUGGAAAACAAGGCGCCUUUUGUGAUAAGGAUUGCGAUUCUAAAACGUUUGGGGAUCAUUGCAGCAAGGUGUGUAGCACCAACUGCACAGACCAGAUCUGUGACAACGUAAAUGGUCGGUGUUUAAGUUGUCCUUUUGGCAAAAUGGGCUUCUUAUGCGAUCAUGAUUGCGAGAGUGGCCAUUUCGGACAAAACUGUAUAAGCACCUGCUCUGACACCUGUUUAAAUUCACAGUGCAGCGCGGCUAACGGUCACUGUUUGAAGUGUAAUCCUGGAUAUCACGGAUUUUUUUGUGAUAAAGCUUGUGAUGUUGGCUAUUAUGGAGACGGUUGUCAUACACCAUGCAGCUCAUUGUGUGUGGUCGACGACACACAGGCUUGGUGUAACUACACAGAUGGAACUUGUCUACUUGGGUGUAAUGGAACGUUUACUGAAAAAGACACGGAAUGUUUCUUCUUCAAUGAUACUGAUGUUCCGGUGCAUAGUGUAGCACAGGAUUACGCCAGCGACCUGCCGAACUCCUCUAUUUAUAUAAUUGGAGCAAUGCUGUUUAUAGUUGGCUUCCUUAUCAUGUUCACACUCUUUAGACCUAAAAAAGUAAUGGAAACCAAAAUAACAGUUAGCGAACAGCCUGCUGCUAAUACAAACACAAAUUGUAACGUGGGUAUUUACGACAUGGAAGUCUUGGUCUCAGAGCUACAUAACAUGCAGACAGACAAAAGUCUAUUUUAUCUUGGAGAGUUUACUUGCUACAAAAAAACCCAGAGAUUCAUCGGAUCCCAAGGCCCAAAUGAAGUAGGCAUCAACGAUUGUGCACGAAUUAUUUGGGAACAAAACGUUGAUACAUCUUUGAUUUUGGAUAUUACGAUUAAAGAAUUGAAGAAAGAUCAACCGAUCCACCGAUGCACCCUGUUCCACUACACACCAUGCCUAGAUAGAGAUGCGCCUUUAACACCAUGGGGACUUGUGGAUUUAGAACAGAGGGUUGCCUUAAUGAAUAUAUCAAGGCCUAUUGCUGUCCGCUAUAGUGCUAGGUUUUACCGGAAUGUUAAUUGUUUCAUCGCUCUAUGUCAUUUGUCGAGAGAAGCUGAAUAUACAGGGCGGAUCAACUGUCGUCAGGUUGUGGCCAAACUCAGAGAAGAUGGUAUUUUAAUGAUGCUAACAGUGAUGCUAACAGCUGUAAGAAUCUCUUUGGAAUUUAAUCGUUAA